CGGUAAGUUAGGGAUUAUUAAGGCGAGAGCUGGAACCCAAGAGAACAGUUGAUAAAUUCUGCACAAGAGCAAACAUUGUGCACAAGAGCAAACAAGGAUCUCACCAUGAUAGCGCUUGCGGUUCUUGUUCUAUUUAUGUUGGAAGGCUCGGAGGGUCUGUACGCGAUGCCGAAUACAUGUCAACCCAUCACCGUGCCUGCAUGCCAGUCUCUGCCGUAUAACAUGACUCGACUGCCUAACCACCUGGGACACACUUCACAGCGACAAAUCGAGCACGAAAUCAACGAGUACUCGCAGCUGAUUAGCGCCAAUUGCUCGGCCGACUUAGUGUUCUUGCUGUGCGUCUACCAUUUGCCUAUCUGCGCGGUGGAGUUCGAAAAGCCAGUUUUACCAUGCCGCUCGCUAUGUCGCCAAGUAAAGCGCGACUGUGCGCCCAUAAUAGGACAGUUCUCUGAUCAACGCUCCAGACGAAAUGUGAACUGCAACGAUAUGCCUGCUUACGAGACGGGGGUGUGUGUCCAGCCUGAAUCAUUCCUACCUCACGUGGAUGAUGGAGAUCCGGCAAAUGCAAGAGCCAGGGAUAUGGGUUCUUGCAGCCAGUGUUCGGUACCGGUUGCUUUGGACUUCCGAUCUUACAAGCAGGAGGGAUACAAAUUCGCGGUCAGAGCGGAAGUAGUAUCGAUCACAUACUCGUCUUCUGGGAACCGUGUCAUAAGCGUAGACGUGAAAAAAGUUCUGAAAUACAGCAAGAUCAAGAUCUACCGAGGCCUUUUGAGGCUAACCACGAAUAGCUCGUGUCCAUGCCCCCAGAUGGAAACCGGUCAGACUUAUCUUAUUACUGGGUACGAAAAUUCCAACGGAGUGGCGCAUUACAUCAGUCAGCGGAGCUACGUUAAAGUGUGGAGAAAGAGGUCAUUCUCUCCUGAGUUGAGAAAUUUGGUGAAGCACUGGGAACAAGAGAGGCGAAUGAUGAACAAGAGGAGAAAACCGAGAGGAAUCUGAGAAAGAGGAAAUUACGGGUGUAAAAAUGCACAGCAUUGUAAAAAUCAACCAAAAAGCUAGACGGAAAUAUCACUUUGUAAAGCCUGAACAUGUAGAAAAAGUUAAACGUUAAAUGAACGAAGUCCUGUAACACACGGAGGUGGCAUUAGCUCAAAUUAGGGACCGACCAUUUAAGUUUGGAAGGGGAGGGAAAAAAAUAAUAUCCAUGCCCAUCAGGUCUAUUGUUUGGUCCAAAGAAAAACGCAAGAUACAAGCCUACAAGCGAGAUACCGUGAAAAUGAAUACCCUGCUCAACAACAAAAAAAAACACCUCCCUCAAAAGUUAAAUGGUCGAACCCUAAACAAACACCGUUCACGUGGGACAACUUAUUUGUUUGUUUUUUUGUUUUCUUUUUGUUUUCUAGUUUGCGGGAGUGUUCUAUUGAAAGAGCAAAAGCUCCUUGUCUAUUUGUGACAUAUUGUUUGACAAUAACCAAUCUCGGGUAAUAAUUUCUACUCAAAGCACAAGAGUGUAAAUCUGGCUCUUGACCCCAAGAUAAUCUCGGUUUUAGUGCAAUUCGGCUAUUUGACCUCUUAAGCCCUGGAGUGCCCCUCCUAGGACUGCUUAAAGAGAAGGAUAAGUUGUUUGGAUACCAUGAGAAUAAGGCUUAUCUUUAAAGUUGUUUAAGUAAGACAGAGGCAGGAAAUCUGGAAACAUUUGCCCUGUGUAGAGAUGAAUAAUUAGACAUCAGCAUUAAUGUGCUGUGAAACUCGAGAACAAUAUCAUAUAUAUGUAAGGUAAGAAAUAUUUAUUAAAACAAAAUUAGAAAUA